UUUAAGAGCCACAAGAACUGGCAGGAGAGGCGCACGGCCCGGUGCUGGUAGCGCGCUGACCCCGAAGGGGAUUUAGCGGGAAGGGAGCGGCCGGGCUCCGGGGGGCUUUGUCCGGGGGCGCCCAGAGAGGCCGAGGCACAAGAAUAAGGAGUGGCUGCGGCAUGAAAGGCCGCGAAGAGCGGCGGCGCUGCUGCUCUUGACUUCUGAGCAGGGUUUAGAAAGCCUGCCCCGGCUUAAGUCGAGCUGCCCGUGCUGAACCCUGAGCGCCUAGUCCGAGGGCCAGUCCUGGGAUGAGGGAGUGCUGAAGUGGCGGGGCACCUGACAAAGUCGCUCUUGGCUCUACAGCCUCGCGAUUCUAGCGCAGAGAGCUGCGACCCAAGCGCAGAGCUGCGACCUUAGCGCAAAGCUGCGAGUCUGACAGGCCGAAACUGGAAUAGUCAGAAAGAUUUUUUCUCCCAACUUGGGGUUUGCUUUGUGUUUCUACUUCGCAUAACUCCGGAGCAAGCCAACCCAAAUGCAUUCUCAACAGGUGGCCAGAUGAGGGAUCCGACCCUGGGGAGCCCGCGCCAGCCAUACAAAGGCCCGCAGAAGAGCGUCUCGGCAGCCUGGGGAAGAGACCACAUGACACUCAGAGAAAUGAAUAAGGGGCCAUCACUCUCAGACCCAAAGUAUAACUUUCACUCCCCAUAGCUGAGCUCUGGAACACAAAGGAACGAACUCCUCUGCCUUCAGCCCUCCCAAAAUAAACUGGCCAGUGUUACCCUCAGCUUCCUCAGCAGAAACCCGCUGCCUAGAUGAAACUAACCAUUUCCGUUGCCCGGGGCAAAAGGCUGAACACCAUUUGUCGACGCGCUACAGAGGUACAGAGGCCAUCUCACCUCCAAAGGUGUCUUCACUCCCCGAGGGCCCGGGCUCCCCGCCGCAGCCCAACACUGGGCCCGCGCGCCGAGAGGAGGUACUCCGACGGCAAAAAUCCCAUACAUUUUUAACUACAGUGAUUACUAAAUUAAUAGCAGGCACUAAGACAGAUGUCAAAACGUCUUGAAAAUGUUUAUCUGUGAAUAAUUGAGAAGGUGGUGGGACGCAUUAUCUGAUUGUGUAAUGAAAUAUGUAUGAGGAACAGCUGUUUGCCACAGUCCCCUCCCGCUGCCGCCUCAGCCAGGGCCCUCCUCUGGCAAGCAGGAGUUUGGGCGAAGUUGGUCGCCCACUUUCGUCCACUUGGGAGCCCGCUCGCCCUCUCUCCGGCUGCGGUACAGCUGUGGCUCCAGCGCGCCCCAGUCGACCAGUUUCCUGACACAGGACAUCAGCAUGGCGUCUCCCUUCAGCCUCUCUCUGGUGGCUCUGGAGGUGGGGUGAGGCGUAACCAUCCGCCACGCUGUCCCUCGAGCCUUCGGGGAGGGCGGUGGGCUCUGCCUGCAGGGACCCAGGAGGGCCCGCGCCCGGGAGGCAGCGGCGCCCGGAGCCCUCGGCUCACCCCGCGUGCGCCGCUAGAGCGGUGCGGCCUGCUCCGAGGCGAGGCCCGGGAGCGUCGCGGCUCAGCGGGGCGGGCCCGGGGUCACCGAGGGGUGACGGGGCUCCCGAGAGGGCUUUGUUCGGCGCUUUUGCCACACUGCGCACUUCCUUCCAGCCCCCUCCCCAAGCCUCCCCGCCUCGGCCCUGUUUGUUUUUCCAGCCCCGCUCCCUCCACCCGACACGCAAACAGCCCUCGGGGCUGCGUCAGCGGCUGGAGGCCGUGGCCCAGGGCAGGCCGAAGUCCAGCUGGGGCCAGCGCGGCGAGUUCUGGCCCCUCAGGAAACACAACCAAGGGAGAGGGGGCUCUGGGGCCUUCCGGGAGCGAGAGGGGCAAGCGGCAACCGGGCAGGGGAGGUGGCCGGAUGGGCGCAUGGCCUCCGCCGGGUGCGAAAGCCCAACUCUUGGGCUCCGAAGGGCUCGGGCGGUCUGCGCUGGGCCCAUCCCGGAGGGGACCUGGAGGACUCUAUGAGGGACCACAUCAGGCCUGGGCCUUGAAUGCGAUGCCAGCCACAAGGAUAAACCCAGUGACCCCUGUGUGGGCGUGCUGAUCUCUUCGCCGCACUCGGGGGCUUCGCGGAGCUGGAGAACUGUGUCCUGGUGCCGCGCUUCCUGCGGCCCCCAGCCGGACCACAGGCCUGCCUGCAUCCUUCGACUGUGCGGCCUGCUGGACCCUGGGCUUCACCAGUCCCGCGGCCCAUCUCUAGUCCCUGGCGCUCAAGAAGCUUCGUCCCUAAACUCGGGCUUAGGGAUUGACCCUUCCAGCGCCGUUGCCCCUGACCGCUACCGAGCUGAGGCCGGGCGGUGAGCCCAGGAACAGAGUCCGGCGCCGCGGCGCCCCAACGCCCAGCGCCUUCCAGGUCUCCCUCGGCUGACUUGCAGUCGAGAUGCGCUAGGGUGUUAUUUCUCUAGCGUCUCUCCUUUUACCUAAUCCCUUAUGCUUUUAUUCUAAUCCUACACAUUACAGUUAAUCUGUAAUGAUACCGCUUCGGAGGAACCUGUUGCAUACGAGGCACGGUAAUUUGUAACCUUGGAAACAGUUUUAAAUAAAGAUUAUAACAGCGAUGUCAA